GCGGCUAUGAUUCACGUGUGCUAAGGCUCCCUCGCGGUUGCCUUCCGUGGUCUGGCGAGGGCUGGAAGGUUCAGCAGGCACAGAUAGGAGGGGACAGAAACCCCUGUCCCUCCUGAGGCUGUCGCCCUGAGGAAGGAGCGGGUCUCUACACUCGCUGUCCCCACCCCGCCCCGUUGCCCCAACCUGGCCCUGGGGACGGAAGAGCCCCCUUCCCCGGCCGCCACCCAGCACCCAGCACCCAGCACCCAGCUCCAAGGUGGAGGCAGCCCAGCACGCGGCUUUGAAGGGCUGUUUCACAGAACAAGCCACAGCCCUGCCGGCUCACGCUGGGGCCCGGGGCGCUCCCCUCAGGUUGGCCAAGCGCUUCAGUGAAGACGGGGCGGUUCUGUCACGUUGGCACCGGGAGGCUGUGGAAGGCCCUGGGGUGGGGGAAUGCGGCUCGUGGGUUUGCUGCCGCUCUGGGGCCCGCUCCCUGCCUUCCAGACCUCAGCAGCCCCUUCAGCCGUGCCCCCAGCCAGACCCCCACGGCCUCUUGCUCAGCCGCUGACGGCGAGCUCUCCUGGGGGUCCCUCCUCGAGGUCCAGGCAGGGAGAGCAGGGCUGUGGGGCCCAGAGGGCGGUGGCUGGAGAGGAUGGGUCUCUGGGGGUGCUGAGCCCCAUCGCGAGGGUAUCAGUGGCUCUGUGUGGGCUUAAGGUGUCUCGUCUCCUGGACGGGCGGCUGGUCCGGGAGUGGGCGUGGGGCUUGGGUGGAGCGGAAGCAGUGGGCAGGAACCAGGGAGGAGCUCGGGGCCUGCUGGGACAUCCCUGGCGCUGGGUGAGAAAGCUGACAGUUCUUAGUCCUGCAGGUGCUGCUGUCAUUCCUUCCUCCCGAGGACACUCUGCCUCAUGGCUCUGGCAAAGGUGCCUGGGACCUGCUUGCUCACCAUUCAUGUCCUGCAGGCCCAUGGCCUGCCCUCCAAGGACCUAGUGACUCCCUCUGACUGCUACGUGACUCUGUGGCUGCCCUCGGCCUCCAGCCAGCAGCUCCAGACGCGCACGGUCAAGAACAGCAGAAACCCCGUCUGGAAUCAGAGCUUUCACUUCCGAAUCCACAGCCAGCUCAAGAACAUCGUGCAACUCAAAGUCUUUGACCAGGACCUUCUGACCAAGGAUGACCCUCUGUUGUCAGUGCUGUUUGACGUGGGGACUUUGCGGGCUGGGGAGUCCCGGCGUGAGAGCUUCUCGCUGAACCCUCAGGGCAAGGAGCAGCUGGAAGUUGAAUUUCGGCUGCAGAAUCUGACCGACUGUGCUGAGCGCCUCGUCAGUAAUGGCAUCCUGGUGGCCCGGGAGCUCUCCUGCUUGCAUGUUCAACUGGAGAAGGCCAGGGGCCAGCAAGGGUCAGAGGGCAGAGUUCAGCUUGUGGUUCCCGGGUCCUAUGAGGGUCCGCAGGAGGCCUCCGUGGGCGCCGGCUCCUUCCGCUUCCAUUGGCCGGCCUGCUGGGAGCAGGAGCUGAGUAUUCACCUGCAGGAUGCACCCCAAGAGCAGCUGAAGGUGCCUCUGAGGGCACUGCCCUCUGACCAAGUGGUGAGACUUGUCUUCCCUACAUCCCAGGAGCCCCUGAUGAAGGUGGAGCUGAAAAAAGAAGAAGGACCAAGGGAGCUGGCAGUGCGGCUGGACUGCGGGCCCUGUGCCGAGGAGCGGGCCUUCCUGAGCAGGAGGAAGCAGGUGGUGGCCAAGGCCCUGAAGCAGGCCCUGCAGCUGGAUGGAGACCUGCAGGAGGAUGAGAUUCCAGUGGUAGCUGUUAUGGCCACUGGUGGUGGGAUCCGGGCCAUGACUUCCCUGUACGGGCAGCUGGCUGGCCUGAAGGAGCUGGGCCUCUUGGAUUGCAUCUCCUGCAUCACAGGGGCCUCGGGCUCCACCUGGGCUUUGGCCAACCUCUACGAGGACCCAGAGUGGUCUCAGAAGGACCUGGCAGGGCCCAUCGAGUCACUGAAGAUGCAGGUGACCAAGAGCAAGCUGGGCGUGCUGGCCCCCAGCCAGCUGUGGCGGUACCAGCAGGAGCUGGCUGAGCGUGCGCGCCUGGGCCACCCGCCCUGCUUCACCAACCUGUGGGCCCUCAUCAACGAGGCGCUGUUGCAUGACGAGCCUCACGACCACAAACUCUCAGACCAGCGGGAGGCCCUGAGCCGUGGCCAGAACCCUCUGCCCAUCUACUGUGCUCUCAACACCAAAGAACGGAACCUGACUACCUUUGAAUUUGGGGAGUGGUGUGAGUUCUCCCCCUAUGAGGUCGGCUUUCCCAAGUACGGCGCCUUCAUCCCCUCUGAGCUCUUUGGCUCCGAGUUCUUCAUGGGGCGCCUGACAAAGCGGCUUCCUGAGUCCCGCAUCUGCUUCCUGGAAGGCAUCUGGAGCAACCUGUACGCAGCCAACCUACAGGACAGCUUGUAUUGGUCCUCCGAGCCCAGCCAGUUCUGGGACCGCUGGGCACAGGCUCAGGCCAGCCUGGACAAGGAGCAGGUCCCCCUUCUGAAUAUAGGAGAGCCUCCCACAGCGGCCAGCAGGAUAGCUGAGUUCUUCACUGACCUUCUGACACGGCGUCCACUUGCCCAGGCCACCCACAAUUUCCUCCGUGGCCUCUCUUUCCACAAGGACUAUUUCCAGCAUCCUCACUUCUCUGCCUGGAAAGCCACCAAACUGGAUGGCCUCCCCAACCAGCUGACACCUGCAGAGCCCUUCCUUUGCCUGUUGGAUGUGGGCUACCUUGUCAACACCAGCUGCCCACCCCUCCUGCGGCCCACACGGGACGUGGACCUCAUCCUGUCGCUGGAUUACAACCUCCAUGGAGCCUUUCAGCAGCUGCAGCUCCUGGAUCGGUUCUGCCAGAAGCAGGGCAUCCCGUUCCCGUCCAUCUCACCCAGCCCCGAGGAGCAGCGCCAGCCCCGAGAGUGCCACCUCUUCUCAGACCCUGCCCGCCCUGACGCCCCUGCCGUGCUGCACUUCCCGCUGGUAAACGCCUCCUUCCGGGAGCACUCAGCCCCAGGGGUCCGGCGGACGGCCGAGGCGCAGGAGGCCGGGGAGGUGAACCUGUCUUCAUCCGACUCCCCCUACCACUACUUGAAGGUGACCUACAGCCAGGAGGACAUGGACAAGCUGCUCCGCCUGACGCACUACAACAUCUGCAACAACCAGGAGCAGCUGCUGGAGGCCCUGCGUGAGGCCGUGCAGCGGCGCAAGCAGCGCCGGGCCGAGUGAUGGGCAGGAGGAUGCCAUGCCACGCCCCAGCCCCACGGCUCCCUUCUUGGCCGCCUUGCUGCUCCGGUUGAGUUGGGGUGGAGACCGUCAUCACCAAGUUCAGAGCCUCUGGCGGUUUGGACGGCCCAGUUGUGGUCGCCAGCCCUCUGAGGGGCUCACGAAGGCGCCCAGCACCACCCAGACGUGGCACUGAAGCCACCAGCACCCCUGCCACGGACACCCUGGGGUAGGUUGAGGGUUUUAAACAGGGGCUGGGACCUCGUCUCCAUGAUGUGGCUGGAGAAGAUUCAGAGGUUCUGUGGCAGCGGGGUAAGUGGGGCAGUCUGGGCCAGAUUUGUGUGCGCACACAAAGCCCCGUGACCUGGGUGUCCUUUCCCUGCUACCUUGAGUAGCUGUACAGAGUGAAAUAAAUAGAGCAUUUUAUGUAUUA